AUGGCCCCUGCUUUCGAACAAGUCCCACAAGACACUGAAACCCAAACCGAAGCACCCCAUAAAGCGUCCAACACUGUAAACAACGAUGCUCAAGUAGAUUACAAAUCAAGGGUCACUGUUGUUGGUAGUGGCAAUUGGGGCAGUGUUGCUGCUAAGCUCAUUGCUUCAAACACCCUCAAGCUCAACUCUUUUCAUGGAGCUUACAGAUAUCCAGACCUCGAAAACGCAGUUAAAGAUGCAAACUUGUUGGUUUUCGUAAACCCCCAUCAAUUCAUGGAGGGUAUAUGCAAAAGGCUUGUUGGUAAAGUGAGGGAAGAUGGUGAGGCUAUUUCACUUAUUAAAGGGAUGGAGGUUAAGAUGGAAGGCCCUUGCAUGAUCUCCACUCUUAUUACUGAGCAGCUUGGCAUCAAUUGUUCCGUUCUGAUGGGGGCGAAUAUCGCGAACGAGAUCGCUGUGGAGAAGUUCAGUGAAGCAACGGUUGGGUACCGAGACAAGCGAGAUAUUGCAGAACAAUGGGUCCGGUUAUUCUGUACCCCAUAUUUCAUUGUCACUCCUGUUCAGGAUGUGGAAGGGGUUGAACUAUGCGCACGUUGA